AUAAACACAAUUACACAACUCUUCCUCCACAACAUCUAACAAAACUAAACCGAAAAAAGAAAAUGAAACACAUUUUCUUGAUCUUGUUCUUUGUCUUGUUGAAAUGCAUUGGCAUUUUGUCACAAGCUCCAGCUCCGGCUCCAGGUCCACCACCUCCAUUAAACGUGACAAAGAUACUCGAAAAAGCAGGUCAAUGUUCAACGUUCAUACGUCUACUACAAAACACACAACAACUCAAUGAAAUCACCUCACAACUCAACAAUUCCAACAAUGGAAUCACAAUGUUUGUGCCAACAGAUAAUGCAUUUUUAAACAUGAAAGCAGGCACGUUGAACUCGUUUAACGAUCAACAAAAAGCUGAACUUAUCCAAUUCCAUAUCCUUCCUACAUACUAUUCACUCACUCAAUUCCAAACUGCUAGCAACCCUUUAAGAACACAAGCUGGAGGAACAACGGAUAGAGAGUUUCCAAUAAAUAUAACAACAAUUGGAAGUUCAGUUAACAUUACAACAGGAAUUGUGAAUGCAAGUAUAUCAAAUACAAUAUAUACUGAUAACCAAUUGGCUAUAUAUCAAGUAGACAACGUUCUUCUUCCGUUACAAUUCUUUGUUCCUCCAGCACCAGCACCAGCACCAACACCUAUAACGCGUAAAAAGAAAGCAGGAUCCUCUGAUUCUUCAUCAAAACAAUAUGCUUCCUCUGCUACUUCUCUGUUUCAAGAAAUGUACAAUGGGAUGAUUUUCGUUUUCUUGUUUUCUACUGCAUUUUUUUUGAGUUUAUAAGUAUGAUGAUCAUGUUAGUAUUUGUGUGUAUGUAUGCUUGUGAUUCUUUACCUAUAUUUCAUUGAAAAUGAAUUUUGAGUGUUUUCAAGAAUUGAUCUUGGUUAUUAUAAGUUUGAUAUUUGUAUUCAA